GGUUGUGACCAAAUAUUACAAACUAGAUGAAGUUUAUGAGCGGACUGUGUGACCGUUAAUGUAACACACAAGGUCAAGAAGCAAGUCCAUUUUUCUUUAUUUAAAUAUAUGCUUUUGGUGAGAGCACAAUAUUACAUACAACAGUCAACAAAUGAGUAUUUUGUUUGAAAUGGUAAAGAGAAAAGAACAGGAGAAUAAAGCAAACUAACAAUUUGGAGGAAAAUUAGGAAAAAAAAGAAACCAAAAAGAAAAGAAAACAUGACAAACAUAGUGUAUUAAUACGUGUGAUUUUUUAGGGGGGGCUUCUCAGUCCGUGAAGCACACAAACCAGAAAUCUGCCUCCAAUUAGGAACCACGUUGCUGCAAAAACAAGUGAAAAAAACUGCCAGGUAAAGAAUCCAAGCAGUGUCUUGGUCAAUUAAAUAAAAUCCUAUUAAAAGCCAUUUAAAUCUGUGGUUAUACCACGACAACAUGUAGAAAAGUCCAAGAGGAGUGAAUACCGUUAUAUGAUGGACGACAUUAUACACAUUGGCAUUAGUUUCACAACCACGAGAAAUAAACUAGAACACGAAACUGGCUUUAUUGUGGUGAGAUGCAGAUGGUGUUAAGAAUAAUUUCGUUGCAUGUUUGCACCAAUUAGAUUACCACAAUAACAGCUCACACGCUGAGACCAAAUCAAAGCACCAAACUGUCACUUGUCGUGAAAUAAAUGAACAACAAACUGUGAGCGAGUCAUUCCAUUUACCCAGUUAAAGUGCGCCUAUUGUGAACUUGUGAGAAGUCGGUGCACAACCAACGUUUGAAGCGUGUGGCAAAUAAAUCAUGAGCAAAAUAAAAGUGGGAGGAGAAUCCAGCGGGUAUUCACAGUGAACACGUGUGCCCACAGUUCAAUAGUUCACAUAAUGCUGCUGUUAUUCGCUCACCCAUUGCUCAGCAGUAUUCAUAUCAAACGGAGACAGCAGGAGGCUCAAAUUGUCCCUACGAUGGUGAAUACUGAAUGACACAGGAUGUGACACAUUGCGUUACCCACAUCGCAUGCUAAUCAGCAAGCGAAAUCACGCUGUUGUGGCAUCAGAGAUUAAUGCAAAGGAAACGUUGCAAGUUUGCAAACAGAUAUUGAUCAAAGGAUGCGGUUAAGGAUUUGUGUAUAAGAGGGUCGACUUGACGGCCCCCGAGGAGGAGCAGAGGUCACUUGUCUGGCUGCCAUCAUGCUCGCCGCGCACAAACUUCUGCUUCUUCAUAUCCUGGCGUCUCUCGGACCAAUCGACGGGAGCAAAAUCAUAAACGGGUCGAUCGCCCCGGAGCACUCGUUGCCGUACAUGGUGUCGGUGCAGAGCGUGGACGAUCACAUCAACGGUCACAUCUGUGGAGGGUUCCUGGUCAGCGAGGACUUCGUGCUCACUGCUGCGCACUGUGACAAUAAAAUCGAACAGGUUGCUGUUGGCAUCAACAAUCUCAACGAUAACAAUAGAAAAUUAAUGGACGUCGAAGGCAGAUACAAACACCCAUCCUAUUCAAGUGUAGGACACGGUUAUGACAUCAUGCUCCUCAAACUUUCCUCGAAGGUUAAACUGGACAAAGCGGUACAAACGAUUCCUCUCGCCACAUCUGAAACAAGCGGUGGGCAGAGGUGCCACGUGGCCGGAUGGGGACGUACGGAGAAGAUCUACAAAAGUGAUGAUCUGAGAGUGGUGGAUGUCUCCAUCCUCGACCUGGAGGAAUGUCGGAAGAUUUGGGGUCGUCUCCCCGACAAAGUUAUCUGCGCAGGCGGGUAUGAAACCAGGAAAGGAUUCUGUCAGGGAGAUUCUGGUGGCCCUCUGGUGUGCGACGGGGAGGCGGUCGGUGUUGUGUCCUUCAACAGGUACCAGAUCUGCGAAUACCCGGACAAACCCAACGUCUACACCGACGUGUACGAGCACCUUGCCUGGAUCCAGAAGACCAUCAAAAGCUACAGCUAAAAAACCUGCGGUGUGACCGAAAAGCUUAAUAAAAGUUCAUUUCAAAGGGCA